CACUCCCCGCUGACCAGAGAAAACACUCGAUAGCGAAUGCGAGAGGGGAUUUAAAUUGGACAAAUACUGUCCUCGCUACUUGACGGAUAAGGUGGCAAUUUUUUUUCUCAUGCGGUUUAAGGUAAUCCGUUAUUAGCACUGUUUCGCGACUAGCUAAACAUCGACGCGGUGCGACGUUAGCUAGCUUGUAAUGUCGGCACUGUUGGACUUGUUUUCCCCUCUAGACCCCGCUUCCUGUUAGCCUUGGGCUAGCUGAAAAAUCGAAAUUAUGCUAAUGAACGAGCGGGUAUAGUUAGCCAACGCAAAGGGGUGUAACUUUACUGCUCACAGCAGGCUACCCGUUGUAAUUUAGUUGCAAUUUAUCCACAAAUCUAUGCUAAUAACUUUGUUUCACAGCCAGCUAUCAGGGCAGCUGGUUUCCUUUAGUUUGCUAACGCUCGACAGCUAGCCAUCUUGCUUGUGUUGAGGGAUUUAAGUAUUUAACUCGACAAGCUUUUGGAGGCAGAGAGCGAAGGAUAUUAACUUCAGCUGCAUGUUAAUAUAUGCAUCAGCAUUUAGCUCACUCCUGUAGGACCCAGUUGCGUGCGACUAAUGCCUUAAAAAUACUUUAUUUUACUGUGGACAGCCCGACAGUGCUCCACUGUGAAAAGACAAUAGAGAACCCGAGACUUGCUCAGCUGUUGUUCUGGUAACGACCAAAACCACAGAUAACUAACUUAGAGACAAUUGUAUUUUGGAUACUGCUUUGUUAUACCACACGCUGAUAUAGGUACAAUAUAUUUUUAGAUACUUGUGCACGUUCAUACGUGGUGAAAUAAUUAAGGUGUCUCUGUGAAGUUGACCCGCUCAGAUAGACAGGGGGACAGUGGAUGGAGACUGUGCAGAUGGUGCUUGUGCGACAUAUGAGGACUGUGCUUCCCUGAACCCGCUGCUUUCAGGUAUCCCAUCUCAUUAUAUUAAACAACAGCUUUAAAUGCCUCAGAAAACACUCGCGGUAGCCGGUCGUCGUCAGAGGUAACUAGGUGGAUAGAGAGACGCGGAGAAGCGGUCUGAAGAGGGAGGCUCCUGCCCGUUUCUGAACGUCCAUCUCUCCAGCCUACCUUCAUCACGUCCAUCCACCACCGCCCUCCCCAGCCAUGGACCCCCCGAGGACUCGGUCGCGGUCUCGGUCUGGUUUCUAUCAUUUCGGCAUGAGCGGUAACGUCGGGAGCAAUGGCAGUGGUAACGCGGUCGGCAACGGGAGCAUGAUGAACGCCAGCGGAGGAGGGGUGAGCUACCCGCAGCAGAGCAACCCCGUCUGGGCGCCGCACCACGGUGGUCGCAGCUAUCCGGAGAGUCAGCAGCAGCACACCCAGGGGAGCUACCUGUCCGCGGGGGCGCAGCGCCACUCAUCGCACGGAGCUCACAGACACCCCGGGGCCGGAGGAGUGCUACAUUUUCAUCCAGAUAAUGUGUGCAACGAGGAUCGGGAUAAAAUGGAAGACAGCCCAAGCCCGAAAAGGCAGCGUCUUUCCCAGCAGACCAUGUUGGAUCUAAAUUCUGCCCCUCCCUCGACUCCUUCCUCUCCCAUUCGCCCCUGGGAGCUGCCUCCCAGUCGCAGACCACACCCCCACUACAUGCCAGAGAGAUGCCACACGCCUGUUCGCAACCGACGCAGCCCUCCAAUGAGACGACAGCGUGGCCGGAGAGACCGCCUGACCCGCCACCACCACCAUGCCCACAACAACCACCACCACUACAACAGCAACAACAACAACCACCACCACCACCAUCACCACCCCAACGCCCACCAUCACCACCACCACCACCUGCACUCCCACCACGGCCCGUCGCCAGGCCACCAGGACGAGAACUACCGUCACCCAGCUCCGCCUCAGGGCUACUCACCCUACAGCCAGCAACCUCCCAGAGGGCUGGGGCCCGGGCUCGAAGAGCGCCAAGGUCACCAUCCCCCAAAUCCCUCCCCGAGGCCCCUGCACCAGUCACCGAACCUGUCUCCCAGGCUGCUGCACCCUGCGGCCCAUCCACAGCACCCACACCCUCACCCAUCCCAGCAGAGCAGUGUGGUGCUGGACCUCCAUGAGCAGGGUUCAGCUCCAGUAUCGUAUCCUGUGUCUCCUCCGGGAGCGCCACCUGGCCUGCCACCUCGCUCCGCCCCUCAGCAGAUCCCAGCGUGCUCAGUAGUAUUCAGUGGACAGCACUAUCCUGUCUGCAGCGUCCCUCCUCCUGUCCUGCAGACUUGUUCUGUGCAGCACUUACCCAUGCCCUACCCGUUCCCGUCCCUGCUGUCCAGUGACCCGACCUUCCUGCUUCCACCUCCUCACCUCCCCCAUCCCCCGACACACCUUUCUCACCACCCACCUCACCUGCCUCAGCCUGGACAGUUUGGACCUUAUCCGACACAGCAGGCCCGCUCGCCCUUACAGAGGAUAGAGAACGACGUGGAGCUGCUCGGAGAACACCUGUCCUUGGGUGCUGGGCUCCACUAUCCUCCCGCCACCCACCCUGCCCUCACACCACACUCCACACAGCUUCACUUCCUCUCCCAUGACCCCCUGCCACAGGAGUUCUUCGGAGUGUCCUAUCCAAACUUUAUUCCUCGGCGUCUCCCGGGGCGACGGUACCGCUCACAACAGCCACUGCCACCUUCGCCUUACCACCCCAGCCUCCUGCCUUACUUCCUUUCAAUGCUGCCAGUCCAGCCCACCGGUCCUGCGAUCAGUCUGGAGCUAGAUGUCGACGAUGGAGAAGUGGAAAAUUACGAGGCCCUCCUGAACCUCGCCGAGCGUCUGGGAGAGGCCAAACUCCGAGGACUGACCAAGGGAGACAUCGAACAGCUUCCAUCCUAUCGGUUCAAUCCAAAUAACCAUCAGUCUGAGCAAACACUGUGUGUGGUGUGUAUGAGUGAUUUUGAGUCCCGCCAGCUGCUGCGAGUCCUGCCCUGCAGCCAUGAGUUCCACGGGAAGUGUGUUGACAAGUGGCUGAGGGCCAACAGGACGUGUCCCAUUUGUCGGGCCGACGCCUCAGAGGUCCAGAGAGACUCAGAGUGACCACAUGAGGGAGCCAGACGCUCCUAAUUGUCUGUCAAACACGUUCAGCACUACCUGCUUCUGAUAUAUUGAUACACGUGUACGUGCUUACACACACACACACUCACACACACAUGCACACACACACCACCUCUAGUGUUUUUGUGCAGCACUUUCUGCUUGUUUGUCCUUUUCAAUCUUUAUCCCCUCUCCCUUCCAUUCGAUCUGAUUUUCACCAGAUUAACUCAAGUUAUUUUACUGUCCGUUAUCUUUUAGUAACUUACACUCUGCCUGACCACUAUUCUGCUGUGGUGUGUGUGUGUGUGCACGUACAUGCACCAAGCGUUGUUUGGUCAGCCCCGUAAUGCCGGGCUGUGGUACAUGACUGUGUGUUUUCAGUAUGUGUGUGCGCGUGAGAGAGAUUUUUUUAGGUGUCCUGGAGCAUGCCUGAGUUUCUGUUGUGUACCAGACAAGAGUAACGACAUGGGAGAGUUUUUGCUCUCACGAGUGACUGACUUUACUUCCUGUUUGUACGUUUAUGCACUGUCUGUCUGUAUGCAUACUCUGUGUGUGUGUAUGUUAUAGACUUUAAUCCUUUUUCUCUAGUUUGACACUAAGGGUCCAUGCUGCCACUAUAUUUCUCGGUUGCCUAUUUGAUCCAUUUGUUUCAGUAGAUUAUUAUUAUUAUUAUUAUUAUUAUUAUUAUUGAUACUCAACCAUUAUAAGUGAUUGUUUUCCUGCCUGGCAGUUACCUCAUCAUUCCGGUUCUGAUCAUCUUUCAUUACGAGCGCUUCACGGCACUACUUUGAAAUUAAGCACAUUAUAUAUUUUUCUUUUUCCUUUCUUUUCUUAGUAAGAAUAAGUUUGUCUGUGACUUUGCAGUGGCACAUGUGUUACAUAUAUACAUAUAUCUAUAUAUACUGUAUAAAUCUAUGAAUAUCUGUAUACCAAAUAAAAGGCUUGAU